UCCCAUACCAUGUAUAUAUUGAGCAGAUGACAGAGAGAAAGAAGGCAGACUUAUGCACCUAAUUGAACUUUCAAUUGCAAAAUUUGAGGAGAACUUGUGCAGAUUAAAGGCUUCAGAAACUGUCUGUUCUUCAUCAUUCUCAUCCAUAAGUCAAAAACUAACUAGACUUCAGGAUUUGCAUGAAUGUGUUGAAAAUUUUCUCCUUUUGCCACUCACUCAACAAGCCUUGGCACAGGAGUGUGGAGACAAAUGGAUCAAUGAACUACUAGAUGGAUCUUUGAGGCUCCUGGAUGUGUGUGGCAUCAUUAAGGAUGCCCUUUUGCAAACAAAGGAAUGCACGCAUGAACUUCAAUCAAUUAUGCGAAGAAGACGAGGAGGUGACAUGAGCUUCAUAAGUGAGGUAAGAAAAUACCUUACCUCUAGGAAGGAUGUCAAGAAGGCCAUGAACAAUGCAUUAAAGGUCAGGGAAAGUAACUGCACAGACAAAAACCACGAGACACCUGCUGUGGUCAACAUGUUGAAAGAGUUAGAUGCGGUCACUAUUGCUGUGUUUGAAUCCUUGUUGUCCUUUAUAGCUGGUUCAAAAUCAAAAUCAAGCAGUUGGGCAUUUGUUUCCAAGCUGGUGCAGCCGAAAAGAAUAGCUUGCAAGGGCGAGGAAGUUGCGAAUACAAACGAACUUGAGAAGGUGGAUGCUGCAUUGCAAUCCCUUGUUAGUCACAAGUCAAAAAAAUCUGAUAACACAAUACAAGUCGAGGAUGUGCAAAUUUGGCUCCAGGAUUUGGAGGCAAACAUUCAAGACAUUGAAGAAGGACUUGAGUGCCUGCUCAGGCGCUUAAUCAAAACCAGAGUUUCCCUUCUCAACAUAUUCAGCCAUUAG